CAUGUUUUAUACAUUUCACUUGAUUUGAUAAAUUACAAUUUACAAGCGUUUAUAUAUUUUGCGACACUGUUUUAGUGAACAUCUGCAUGUGCAGCAAAAUUUUAUGUGUUCAUAUUAGCCAUACAAGACUCAUCUAACAAGUUCCACGGAAUAUACACGGGGGCAAUGGCUGUCGAGUCCAUUGCGCUGGCCCGGCACCGUCGCCACCCAAUUGGUUAUACUAAAUUCAGUCGAUAUGCUAAAGUAGUUGGUACCUUUAGCUGCCUUGUGCUUGUCAUGCUGCUGCUGAUCGGGCCGACGGCUGGCCAGCAAUGGGGCGAACCGGGCGGCGAGGGGCAUGGAACGACGCACGAAGAGCUCGGACAGACGCAUUAUCCAACCGCCGAUCUGACGCCGUACAGAUCGAAAAUUCAAUACACUUCCAAUUUGAAUGGCACCAGCUGGGCCAUCAAGCCCGCAUUCAAUGUGUCCCAAUUCUUCUUUGAUCACACCAUCGACGACAAACCCUCCUUGCCGCGUGGCUAUCUUGCGGUGAAAAAUGGCGAUACCCUGGUGCUGGGUCCCAAGGCUGUCGGCAACGACUGGAGCGAUCUAUUGGGACAGUACUUUUUGCUCCUCUUUUGGGUCAUGUUCUUAUUAAUUCUGAUCAUACUUGUACCAUUCCUGGCCGUCUGCUAUUGUUGCUUCUGCUGCUGUCGCCGUUGCAAGCGCGGAUGUGCUCCAUGCGACGAGGCGAACGAUAAGAGAAUGGCUUUGAUUUGUGCCGUGAUCCUGGCGGUGUUGCUCGUAUUCAUUUUGCUUGGCGCCAUCAUUGGCUUCACGUCGAAUCGUGUGCUGGACCGUGGCCUGGAUGAGACGUCGUCCACGGUGCGUCGCGGCAACGAGGACACAUGCCGCUUCUUGAAGGAUGUUAGCGCGCACAUUCACCACAUCUUUGUCUACAACUACGAGGAGCUGGAGGCCCAUAUGACCGAAAUGCUGAAUAAUGCCCAUCAUCACAUAUUCUUGGACUUGGCCGACACAUCCGAGAGCAAUGCCAUCGAGCAUUUGGAACGUAUUUUCGAUAAUAUGAAAGAGGCUAGAAUUCUAAUGAAGCAGGUGGAAGUAUUGGACAAGGACUAUCGCUUCUAUGUGACCCAGCUACGCGACGGUGUACGAGGCGCUAAGCGAGACGUGAACUACGCCUGUUCCACUUUGAUUGGCAAUAAGCUUUGCAGAAAGUUCCUAAAAGAUUCGGAAUUGGAAUUCGUCGAUGUUUCGAAUUGCCUGCACUUGGAUAAUAUGCCGAACACGGGGCAGUUUCUGGAAGGCAUGGAGAAGAUCAUCAAGGAUGAUGUCGUUAUGAUACCGCGAAAGGCGCUCGAGCGUUUCCAGGAUAUUGCCACCAAAAUCCAGACGGCCAUGAAUCAGGUGAUUCCGCCGCUGCUCCACGAUAUCAACCAGGGCCGCGAGAAGUUCCGCGUCCAAGCCAUGGCCAUACGCAAAACGAUCGAUUCCGUUAUCAGCGACAUUCACAUGCGUACGCUCCGCUCCACGGAGUCCUUUGAGGAUGUCUACGAAAAGUUCGGCAAAAAUCGUAGCGUCAUUAACGCGGUCGUCUGCCUAUUUUUGUUGGUGAUUGUGCUGCUAAUGCUCGUUGGCCUGAUUUGUGGCUGCACGCGCAGCAAACCAACUGGAGCCAACUGCUUGUUAAUGGGCAUCAUCGUGAUAUUCGCCGUAUUCUCAUUUAUUGCGCUGAUCGGGCUGUUCUAUUUUAUGAUGGGCCUGGUGACAUAUCAGGGCGCCUGUGCGCCACUUCGGGAUCUCGAUAAGAACGCGUUGUUCCGGGAACUGGAUGCGGUCAUUGAUCUCAACCACAUAAUUCGGGGCAGGGAUGUGGGGGAGUCGAGGGAAACGGAUGAAAGUGGCGAAGGAAUGCGCAUGUCGAAGGCAAUCAAGGCGUGCAACCGGAAUGAAUCGAUAUUCGAUCUGCUGAAGGAUAACAAUAUUUUUAAUCUUGAGGAUUUGACGAGCAUCUCCAUUAUGGCCGAUAGCAAAGAAGAUGAUAAAAAGGAAACAGUAUUCGAAGAGGAUCUGUCCGCUGUUUUCCUGCUAACCCAAGACGAAAGGAUCGUGCUCGAGAAAGCGCACAAUGGAGAGCUGUCUGGCUACCACAGCGUCCUGUAUAUGGAGAAUAUGUGCCAGGCUCUGACCCCGAGCCUGAACACAAUAUCAAACGGUCUGAGAAAGUUACGCGACGAAAUCUACUACAGUAAUAAAUGGGAUACGUUCAACCGAUAUGGCCGAAUAUCGCUAGCUAACGAAGCGUACCAUUUCGAUACGUACAACUAUGAAUGGACCGACAAGAUAUUGGGCAUCAUGGCCAAGAUGAAGCAGAAACUCUUGAAGAUUGACGAUCUGAUCUUGUACGAGAAUCGCAAUUUUACCAACUCAAUAACUGUGCUGGCCAAUGCGGUCAUACGUGCCGAGAACUUUCUAAAAAAACAGGGCAGUAAUUUCAUCAAUUCGCUCGGCCAGAAUCUGACCGACGUGAUUAACGAGCAGGUCGAUGAUUUUAUACGCGGCAUUAUAGACGAAAGCGCCAGACGCGUUGGUCGCUGUGCCCCACUCUCCUACAUUUAUUAUCGGGGCGUCGAUCUGGUCUGUUACCGUCUGGUCGAUCCCAUUAAUGGUUUCUGGGUAGGCAUACUGCCCGCUGCCCUGCUCCUGCUACCUCUCCUGUAUGUGGCCCAUAGGCUGAUGUGCUUGUGGAGGAGAAUACACGCCUAUGCGGUCGCCGUAGUCGUUGUGCCCCCACCCCCACAGAUUGGAGGCUGCCCAAUCUGUACGGGUGCACCCUAUAUGCUGCCGCCAAUUAUCACCUGUGGCGGCGGGCAACAAACCUACUGCCCCUGCGAACCGUCGCGACCAGGCGGUGGCGGUGCUGUUGUCGAUCUGGACACCAAGGACUCCAACACCAGCACAGAACAGGCGGAGACAGCGGUCGUCGAGGUCCGAUCGAAGCCAUUGCCGCAUGGCCCUUCCGUCGCACCGAAGCCAGAUCAGGAGUCGCCGGCAGUUAAACGGAAGAAGGAUUAGGUUGAAUUCACGCGUAUUGUACAUUUUAUAGUUUAUUUAAUAUUGUCGUUAGUAGUGUGUUUAUGAAUAGUAAAUUAAAGUAUGUAUCUAUCUGAAGAAAAAAA